UGUCCGGGGACCUAUAAGUACCUUGAAGUGCAGUAUGAAUGUGUCCCUUACAUUUUUCUUUGUCCUGGACUACUAAAGGGAGUGUACCAGAGUGAACAUUUGUUUGAGUCUGACCACCAAUCGGGGGCAUGGUGCAAAGAUCCUCUGCAGGCUUCAGACAAGAUCUAUUAUAUGCCCUGGACCCCUUACAGAACUGACACCCUGACCGAGUACUCAUCCAAGGAUGACUUCAUUGCUGGAAGGCCAACUACAACCUACAAGCUUCCUCACAGGGUGGAUGGCACAGGGUUCGUCGUGUACGAUGGAGCUUUGUUCUUCAACAAAGAGCGCACCAGGAACAUAGUGAAGUUUGAUUUGCGGACUAGGAUAAAGAGUGGAGAGGCUAUCAUCGCAAAUGCCAACUACCACGACACCUCCCCUUACCGAUGGGGAGGUAAAUCGGACAUAGACCUGGCAGUGGAUGAGAAUGGGCUAUGGGUCAUCUAUGCAACAGAACAAAACAAUGGUAAAAUUGUCAUUAGUCAAUUGAACCCUUACACCUUACGGAUCGAAGGGACGUGGGACACUGCCUAUGAUAAAAGGUCAGCUUCCAACGCGUUUAUGAUUUGUGGGAUUCUGUAUGUGGUCAAAUCUGUAUAUGAGGAUGAUGACAACGAGGCCACAGGGAAUAAGAUUGACUACAUUUACAACACCGACCAAAGUAAGGAUAGUCUGGUGGAUGUGCCCUUUCCCAACUCGUACCAGUACAUAGCAGCUGUGGAUUACAACCCCAGGGACAACCUUCUUUACGUAUGGAAUAACUAUCACGUCGUGAAAUAUUCUUUGGAUUUCGGACCUCUGGAUAGUAGAUCAGGUCAGGCACAUCAUGGCCAGGUAUCUUACAUCUCUCCCCCAAUUCACCUGGACUCUGAGCUAGAAAGACCCCCUGUUAGAGAAAUUUCUACCACAGGACCUUUUGGCAUGGGAAGCACCACCACCAGUACCACCCUUCGGACCACAACUUUGAGUGCCGGCAGGAGCACCACCCCGUCAAUAUCAGGGAGAAGAAACCGGAGUACCAGCACCCCGUCUCCAGCUGUUGAGGUGCUUGACGACACUACCACGCACCUGCCAUCAGCAUCAUCCCAAAUCCCAGCUCAGGAGGAGAGCUGUGAGGCUGUGGAAGCCCGAGAAAUCAUGUGGUUUAAGACCCGUCAAGGACAGAUGGCAAAGCAGCCAUGCCCGACAGGAACUAUAGGAGUAUCAACGUAUCUAUGCCUGGCUCCUGAUGGAAUCUGGGAUCCCCAAGGACCAGAUCUUAGCAACUGCUCUUCCCCUUGGAUCAACCAUAUCACACAAAAGUUGAAAUCUGGAGAGACAGCUGCCAACAUUGCUAGAGAGCUGGCUGAACAAACCAGGAAUCAUUUGAAUGCUGGAGACAUCACCUACUCCGUCCGUGCCAUGGACCAGCUGGUAGGCCUCCUGGAUGUCCAACUCCGGAACUUGACUCCAGGUGGAAAAGAUAGUGCUGCUCGCAGCUUGAACAAGCUUCAGAAAAGGGAGCGCUCUUGCAGAGCCUAUGUCCAGGCAAUGGUCGAGACAGUUAACAACCUCCUUCAGCCACAAGCCUUGAACGCGUGGAGAGACCUGACGACAAGUGAUCAGCUCCGUGCAGCCACCAUGUUGCUUGACACCGUGGAGGAAAGUGCUUUUGUGCUGGCUGAUAACCUUUUGAAGACUGACAUCGUCAGGGAGAACACAGACAAUAUUCAGUUGGAAGUUGCAAGGCUGAGCACAGAAGGAAACUUGGAAGACUUAAAAUUUCCAGAAUCCAUGGGUCAUGGAAGCACCAUCCAGCUUUCUGCAAAUACUUUAAAGCAAAAUGGACGAAAUGGAGAGAUCAGAGUGGCCUUUGUUUUAUAUAACAACUUGGGUCCUUAUUUGUCCACGGAGAAUGCCAGCAUGAAGUUGGGAACAGAAGCUAUGUCCACCAAUCAUUCGGUUAUUGUCAAUUCGCCCGUCAUUACAGCAGCAAUAAACAAAGAAUUCAGUAAUAAGGUUUAUUUGGCUGAUCCUGUCGUAUUCACUGUUAAACAUAUUAAGCAGUCCGAGGAAAAUUUCAACCCCAACUGUUCAUUUUGGAGCUAUUCCAAGCGCACAAUGACAGGUUAUUGGUCAACUCAAGGCUGCCGGCUCCUGACAACAAAUAAGACACAUACGACAUGCUCUUGUAACCACCUAACCAAUUUUGCAGUACUGAUGGCACAUGUGGAAGUUAAGCACAGUGAUGCGGUCCAUGACCUUCUUCUGGAUGUGAUCACGUGGGUUGGAAUUUUGCUGUCCCUUGUUUGUCUCCUGAUUUGCAUCUUCACAUUUUGCUUUUUCCGCGGGCUCCAGAGUGACCGUAACACCAUCCACAAGAACCUCUGCAUCAGCCUCUUUGUGGCAGAACUGCUCUUCCUGAUUGGGAUCAACCGAACUGACCAACCAAUUGCCUGUGCGGUGUUUGCGGCCCUCUUACACUUCUUCUUCUUGGCCGCCUUUACCUGGAUGUUCCUGGAGGGCGUGCAGCUCUACAUCAUGCUGGUGGAGGUGUUUGAGAGCGAACACUCACGCAGGAAGUACUUCUACCUGGUGGGCUACGGUAUGCCCGCGCUCAUUGUGGCUGUGUCGGCUGCGGUAGACUACAGGAGUUAUGGAACAGAUAAAGUAUGUUGGCUCCGACUGGACACCUACUUCAUUUGGAGUUUUAUAGGACCAGCGACCUUGAUAAUCAUGCUUAAUGUAAUCUUCCUUGGGAUUGCUUUAUAUAAAAUGUUUCAUCAUACUGCCAUUCUGAAACCUGAAUCGGGCUGUCUUGAUAAUAUCAACUAUGAGGAUAACAGACCCUUCAUCAAGUCAUGGGUUAUAGGUGCAAUAGCUCUUCUCUGCCUGUUGGGAUUGACCUGGGCCUUUGGACUCAUGUAUAUUAAUGAAAGCACAGUCAUCAUGGCAUAUCUCUUCACUAUUUUCAAUUCUCUACAAGGAAUGUUUAUAUUCAUUUUCCAUUGUGUUUUACAGAAGAAGGUACGAAAAGAGUACGGGAAAUGCCUGCGGACACAUUGUUGUAGUGGCAAAAGUACAGAGAGUUCCAUUGGCUCAGGGAAAACAUCUGGUUCUCGAACUCCUGGACGCUACUCCACAGGCUCACAGAGCCGAAUUCGUAGAAUGUGGAAUGACACAGUCCGAAAGCAGUCAGAGUCUUCCUUCAUUACUGGAGAUAUAAACAGUUCAGCGUCACUCAACAGAGAGCCCUACAGAGAGACAAGUAUGGGAGUAAAGCUAAACAUUGCAUAUCAAAUAGGGGCUUCUGAACAAUGCCAGGGAUACAAGUGUCAUGGAUACUCUACCACUGAAUGGUAACCAUGCCAACAGUUACAGCAUCGCCAGCGGCGAGUACCUGAGCAACUGUGUGCAAAUCAUAGACCGAGGCUACAACCACAACGAGACCGCCCUGGAGAAAAAGAUCCUGAAGGAACUCACCUCCAACUACAUCCCCUCCUACCUGAACAGCCACGAGCGCUCCUGCGAGCAGAACCGGAAUCUGAUGAACAAGCUGGUGAACAACCUGGGCGGCGGGGGCAGCGAAGAGGACGCCAUCGUCCUGGACGACGCCGCCUCCUUCAGCCACGAGGAGGGCCUGGGCCUGGAACUCAUCCAUGAGGAAUCGGACGCCCCCUUGCUGCCCCCGCGCCUCUACUCGGCGGAG